AUGAGGAAAUUUGCUGAUAAAUCAAUCGAUUUCUUAUUCCGUUUGAAAGACUUUGGUCAAGAACAAUGUGGCUUAAGUGCCCAUGAAGAUGGUAGACAUCAUUUGUAUGAGUCUUUCUUGUAA